ACUGUUUUGUUAUUGCUGUGUUGAUGUUGGUGUUUUUGUCUGCUGCUUUGUUGAUGUGUGUGUGUAUGAAGGAGUGAAUGGUGCUUCUCUCUCUGGGAGUAAAACUCUCUGCCUUCGGAAUUAGGAUCCAAAGUGAAAAACCGCUUGGAAGCUAGGCUCCAAGUAGAAGCCUGUUUUUCAGGAGGCACUGAGCGCUGAUUUACAGCACUUUCUCUGAGGAAGCACAAAAUACCAAAAAUUUUCAAGCUAAAAUUGCAAGUGAUUUAAAUAAUGGGAAACAAAAAUUCUUGUAAUUCCUCACUCGCUGAGGGUCUCAACGGAGAUGAGAAAUACAUGCUGUCCAGAUUUCCUGGUAGCAUUGUAUACAUAAAAAAAUGGAAAAAUAAAUAUAAAAUAGAUGGGAAGCUGAAAAUUGAGAAAUGGCAAACAAUUGUUGGAAUUUUGGAGAGUAGUGUAGCAAGAAAAAAGGGGAUGAAAAAGGCUAAAAAGGAGGAUGAACUAAGAUGUGCUAAACUAUGGUUAAAAGCAGCCAUAGACCGUAAAGAACAAAUUAAAAAGGUUAAAGAUAAAAAGCUUGUAGAAUCAAAUAACUUAUUUGUAAGGUCAGAAGAAAAUGAAAUGGUGUUAACCAGACGGAAUACUUCGGCGGGACAGAGAGAGCAGGUACGGCCGACUGCUCCUCCCCCGACCGCUGCAGCAGCUCUGUCUGCUUCUGUCUCAGUAUCAACAGCCUCGACAAAUACUUUGUUUGUAAAACCAGAAGAUAAUGAGCCCAUAUUAGCUGCAGUGCAGGCCCCUCCCUUGCGUGCGCGAGCCACACUGCCCUCAGUUUCUCCAACUCUCAUUCCUGCAAAAUCCCCACCAGCUGAUCUAACUACAGAUCCACUGUCAGUUCAUACUCCAACUAAACUUUACCCAACCCUGCCUGUCUCCCCACCACCGUUAUAUGAGGAGGAAGGUGCAGGUCCCAGCGAUCAGGGACAUUCAUAUAACCUGAGGCAGAACAGGAAGCCAAAAGUUUCGUACAGCCUUGAAGGGACGGAACAAUAUCCAAUGAUCCAGGUCCCAAACCCAAAUCCUAGAGAUGGCCAGCCGCCACACAUUUAUGUUUUCAGACCCUGGACCUUGAAAGAGGCCAGAAAGGCGGUAGAAGGAAUAACUCCUGUAUCAGAAGAUCCCGAUAAAUGGAUAGAAGACAUGACGGGAUUAAUCCAUUCAUAUAGAUUAAAUGGAGUGGAAGCAGGAGAAGCAGCCAUGUCCUCAUUAGGAAAGGAUUGGGCAAAAGUGAGGGGAAGUUAUACAGGGAAAGUAAUUAAUAAUAAUAUUUUAAUUCCAAUCCCAUACCCUCCAGGAGCGAACCCCGCUCUCUCUGAUGAUUUUAAAGCACAAUGGGAUCCGUUGUGUGAGAGAGUUAGAACAAAUUUUCGUAAAAGGGCAAAUUAUAGUCAUCUGUCAGGAAUUAAACAAAAAACUGGAGAAGAUGUGGACGACUUUCGUCUACGAUUUGAGAAGGAGUUCAAAGUUCACAGUGGGAUCACUUAUGAUGAAGGACCAGAAAGCGUAUAUCAACAACAAUUAAAAAACGCUUUAAUGUCUAGUUUCCGCCCUGAAAUUGAGGGCUGGAUUAAAAAACACUUGGUUGAAUAUGAUGUUGCCUCAGUCCCACAGCUGAUGACGUGGGCACGUCAUGCAGAAAAAGUAGUAAAAAAACCAAAAACAGGAUCAGAUGUUUUUCAUCUGGAGGAUUUUGGAGAAGUAGAUACCUCUGUCUUGUUCCGUGGCUCCUCAAGAGGCCGAGAGAGAAAUAGCGGCAGAGGAGGUCACUAUGAGAAACCACUCCGAAGUUAUACCCCACAAAAACUACAACAUCCAGAUGGAUGUUGGCAUUGUGGCCAUCCUGGCCACUGGGCAAGACAUUGCCCAGAAAACAAAAUAAAUCAUCGAAGGGGUGGCAGAUGGGAGAAAAAACAAAAGCCUAACUCUUCAACAUGACUAGACUCUGCCACACCCAAACAAAACAUACCACCAGAUAAAAUUGAUGAAAUGGUGGAUAUAUGUGCAGCUUGGGAUAUGUUAAAUGCAUUAAAAGAAAAACCCUACAUUACACUGAUUGUUUGUGGGGAAAAAGUUGAAUUUCUAUGCGACACUGGUGCAUGUAAAACAGUUCUAAAAACUAAAAUAGAAGGGAUAAACCCUACAAAUGAGUCCAUUUGGGUGAAAUCUGCCAAUGGACAAAUACAUAGAGAACAUAUGUCAAAAAAUACAUCUUUUAAAGAUCCUGAAACAGGAAUUAAAGUAAAAGCUUCUGUUGUAAUGUCGUUUCAAUGUCCAAUAAAUCUGUUAGGUAGAGACCUAAUGACAAAAUUAGGGAUAGCAGUAGUCCCUGUACAAGAUGGCAUGAGAGCUGUCAGACUAAAACAUUCUGAUCUGUAUACAGUUCAAAAAGAUGAAAAAAUCUACUGUUCAUAUGAUCUAAAGCCAGUUGACAAUCCUCAUGUUCCAGGAAAGCUUCUCAGAGAAGCUCGAGGACAACUGGACUUACCUGAAACAGAAAUGAACUACAAUCAGUUGCAUGUAACAAUGAACAUCCUAAAUGAUCCACAGGAUGAUUAUGUGCAAAAGUUUUUAGAAACAAAUCCUGUGACACUUGCUGUGACUGAAAUAUUCACAGACCGUCGGUCUUAUGCAGCUGUGACUGUGCUCCUUCCGACAAGUCAAACAGAGCUGUAUAAGUUGCCUGCAAACCCACACAUCUCGCUUUUUAAACCACAUAAUAUUACAUGGGCAGAUGUGGGUAACAGAACCAAAAUGGCUUCUGAAGCCACUGAUUACAAAGAAAGUGAAGAUGGCUGGAGCUACAGCCCCAGCUGUGACGUCUGGAAACAAUCACUUUGUGAAGUUGCUACGGGCACUGCUCAAGUUCAUGCAUUUGAGUGACACAUGAACAUAUUCUGAACUUUCUCAGCACAGACUGAAGGAGAACAACAGAUGAUGGACAAAGCAGUGAUAAAAGACAUGCAGGAUAACGCACCGAAAGUUGAAAAAAGGAUGUGGAUAACUAAGGGUGCGAAAAUUAAUGAUGAGAACAUUUUUGAAGUCAAUAAGAAACCAGUCCUUCCUAAAUCUUUAUUUAAAGCGGCAGCAAUUGUGACACACGGGCGCUGCCAUGUGUCAACAGGGGGGAUGGAAACCAUAAUAAAACAGCAUUUCACAACAUAUGGUUUAAAUUCAUACUUAAAAAAUUUUUGUACUGCAUGUCCAGUCUGUGUGAAAUAUAAUUCUCAGGGAAACAUAAGGCCAAAACGAGGCAGGUUCCCGAAACCAUCUUAUCCAUUUCAAACUAUGCAUAUGGAUUUUGUGUCCAGUGCAAGUUUACUGCCUUCUGAUUCUCUUCCUGUACAGGAGGCCACUCCAAUCGAGCAAGGUGAUUGGGUCUACAUAAAGGUCAUCAAACGAAAGAACUGGGCGUGUCCACGGUGGGAAGGACCGUUCCAGGUGCUGAUGACCACACCAACAGCUGUAAAGAUUGCUGAAAGACCCACAUGGAUUCAUCUCAGUCACUGUAAGGUACAGAGAGUGUUAGAUCCCUAAAUCAGAGUGACGGGGAAGUCUGAUUUACAAAGGGGUUCUGUCGUUUAGGACAGUUCGUCUCAAGGUCAGCAGAAGAAUUCAACAGAUCCUCACUCUGCUAGGCUGGGGGUCCUGACAUCCCUGUAUUCUGAGCAGUAAUGGAAACUCCAUAUGCCAGAUGGAUUUUCUACUGUAUUGUGACUGCUGUAUGUUUGAUGUUUGGAGAAGGAAACGAGCCUGAGCUUCAUCCGCAUGACUACAGUACGAAUCUGUGGUGGAAGCUGAUGAAUAGAACCGCUUAUGAGGGACAUGCUGUGAACUGCUACGUGUGUGCGCAGAUGCCGGUUUCCAUACAUAACUCAGGUCUACGACCAGGUAACAUUACUGACGACAAACAGAUGUGUCUCUACGUUCUAAGCACCAGACCACGGCGUAUCCCACCCCUAAGAGGAGACAGACCACGUGAGGAGGACUAUUCAGUUGACCUCCGGAUGGGAGAGGCUGUGCAAAGCCUAUUUCAAUCUUUAAAUUGUUCACUUGCAGAUGAUGUACUUCCUUUUUCGUCAUCUCAACAAACUGUAUGGAAAAUACCAGAGAUCAUUUCGUUAGCAGGAGCUAAACCAGGAUCUCUAGGGAACUGUGUUUAUAAUAAUGGACAUGUUGUUCUAGGGACGGUGCCCUGGAACUUGUGUAACAGAGUUUACACCUACUGCGAACCGACACAGGAUUUCAUCACCUGCACAGCAUGCAGGGGUCAAGAGACGACUCCACGCUGCAAAGUCUGGAAGAACAACCCAGACUGUGACAACUUGCUUCAGGAGAAAAUGAUGGCCCUCUGCCUUCCCUUCGGAACGGGCCAAGGUGGCCUACACAAUCUCUCUACUGUCUGGUAAGGCUAAGCGGUGGGGAACUUCUGAGUGGGAGAAUGAUGCUGAUAGCUGUGAUUCAUUUUUUGAGUUUUCUGAUGAGAUGAAGAGGGUUUUUGAUCCAGUCCGUCCUGAGAGGGAGGCUGCCAGGAGACUGUUUUCUCUCAAGCAGGGCUCACGACCUGUUACAGAUUACAUAAUCAGUUUCCAUGCCCUGAAGUCCUGUUGCCUUUGGAAUAAUGAAGCCCUAUUUGAUGUUUUUUACCAGGGUCUGUCAGAGGAGAUCAAGGAUGAAAUUGCUACCCGUGACCCCCCCAAGACCCUCGAGGCCUUAGAGAGGCUUGCCACACGAAUUGAUCAACACCUUCGUGAACGUAAGAGGGAGAGGUCUUCAUCUAAUUAUCAAAGACGGGUUUCAUCAGUCCAGGUCAGUCCUUGCAGCUUAGCACAAGCCUCCAUGUCCCCCCCUGCUACCACUGAGGAGCCCAUGCAGUUGGGUAGGACCAAGCUCUCUGCUGAGGAGAGGGAGAGAAGAUUUAGAAAUCACCUGUGUUUCUACUGUGGAGGGAAGGGCCAUCAAGCCACUAACUGUCCGUUAAAAGGACAGGCUCAGUAAAGCUUGGGGGGUCUUUGCUGAGCCCUAUUCUCAAAUCACAGAACCCCUCCCACAAUCAGUGCACAAUCAAGUUUCCUGAU